AAAAAAAAAAAAAAAAAAAAUAUCAAGUGAUUCGGGACACAAGUAUUGAAGAAAAUAAUUUUGAAAAUGUUGCGAGUUCCUCUAGUGCUGAGAGGAGGACAAAGUUCUUCAAAUCUUCGUCUUUCAUCAAAUUGUAUUAAAUUUAUUUGUAAAUCUGGUAUUACAACUUCAUCUAAAAAAUUUCAACAACCAGCAGCAGGAGCAACUGACUUAAUUGAAUUAUUUAUUGAUGAUCAAUCAGUUAAAGUACCACCAGGUACAACGGUACUUCAAGCAGCAGCUAAAAUAGGAAUAGAAAUACCAAGAUUUUGUUAUCAUGAACGUCUUGCUGUUGCUGGUAAUUGUCGUAUGUGUUUAGUUGAAAUAGAAAAACAAUUAAAACCAGUAGCAGCUUGUGCAAUGCCUGUUAUGAAAGGAUGGCGUGUUAAAACAAAUUCUGAUUUAACACGUAAAGCCAGAGAAGGUGUUAUGGAAUUUUUAUUAGUUAAUCAUCCAUUAGAUUGUCCUAUUUGUGAUCAAGGUGGUGAAUGUGAUUUACAAGAUCAAAGUAUGGCAUUUGGUAGUGAUCGCAGUAGAUUUACCGAUAUUGAUUUUAGUGGUAAACGUGCUGUUGAAGAUAAAGAUAUUGGUCCAUUAGUUAAAACAAUAAUGACACGUUGUAUUCAUUGUACUCGUUGUAUACGUUUUGCAUCUGAAGUUGCUGGUAUUGAUGAUUUAGGUACCACUGGACGUGGUAAUGAUAUGCAAGUUGGUACAUAUGUUGAAAAAAUGUUUUUAUCUGAAUUAUCUGGUAAUAUUAUUGAUUUAUGCCCAGUUGGUGCAUUAACAAGUAAACCAUAUGCAUUUGUAGCACGUCCAUGGGAAACACGUCGUACUGAUAGUAUUGAUAUAUCUGAUGCUGUUGGUAGUAAUAUUGUUGUAUCAUCAAGAACCGGUGAAGUAUUAAGAAUAUUACCACGUGUUAAUGAACAAGUUAAUGAAGAAUGGAUAAGUGAUAAAGCAAGAUUUGCUUGUGAUGGUCUUAAACGUCAAAGAUUAAUAACACCAAUGGUACGUAUUAAUAAUAAAUUAGAAAAUGUUGAAUGGGAAGGUGCAUUAUUAACAGCAGCACGUAAACUUGAAGAAUUACCAUCUGGUAAAACAGCUGUUAUUGCUGGUAAAUUAGCAGACGCUGAAUCACUUGUUAUAUUAAAAGAUUUUGUUAAUAAAUUGGGUGGUGAAUUAUUGGCAACUGAACAAACUUAUCCAAAUGAUGGUUCUGGUAUUGAUUUACGUAGCAGUUAUUUAUUAAAUAAUAAAAUACAAAAUAUUGAAGAAGCUGAUGCUGUAUUAUUAAUUGGUACAAAUCCACGUUAUGAAGCACCAUUAAUAAAUACACGUUUAAGAAAAGGUUAUUUACAUAAUGAACAAAAUAUUGGAUUAAUUGGACCGAAAGUUGAUCUAACUUAUAAUUAUCAUCAUCUUGGACAAUCACCAGAUAUUAUAAAUCAAUUAAAAAAUAAUAAUCAUCCAUUUAAUGAAAUUUUACGUAAGGCUAAAAAACCAAUAAUUAUAUUGGGGGCUGAUCAAUUGACAAGAAAAGAUGGACAACAAAUUCUUUCUGCAACUCAAGAGCUUGCUAAAGUUUUGGGAGAAAAUACUAAAGUCUCUGAUUGGAAAGUAUUAAAUAUUUUACAUACGAAUGCAUCACAAGUUGCAGCAUUAGAUUUGGGUUAUGGUACAACAACUUUGAGUGAAAUAAAAAAAUCACAACCAAAAGUUUUAUUUUUACUUGGAGCUGACGAUUCAAAUAUAACGCGAGAAGAUUUUCCAAAUACAUUUAUUAUUUAUAUUGGUAGUCAUGGUGAUCAUGGAGCAACAAUUGCUGAUGUUGUAUUCGCAGGAGCUGCGUAUACUGAAAAAACAGCAAGUUAUGUAAAUACUGAAGGCAGAGCACAACAAACAUCACCAGCAUUAACACCACCAGGAAUGGCAAGACCUGAUUGGAAAAUAAUUCGAGCUCUUGCUGAAUUUUCCGGAGUUUAUUUGCCAUAUGAUAAUUUAUCUCAAGUUCGUGAUAGAAUAACCGAAAUAGCUCCACAUUUGGUACGAUAUGGUGAUGUUGAACCAGCAAAUUACUUUGCCCAAGCUCUUGAAUUAUCAAAAAAAACCGGAGGUUCAUUUUUACAAGAUCCAGUUGAUGUAAAACAAAAAUCAUUAGAACAAUUUUUCAUGACUGACGUAGUUUCAAGAGCAUCACCAACAAUGGCAAAAUGCGUUCAAGCAGUUUUAAAGCAACGUCAACUUCAAGCUUAAUUCGGUCUUUUUUUUAUAAUAUCUUUUUUCUAAUUAUUAUUAAAAAGUAUGUAAAUGUAAAUAGAGUAUGAUGAAAUAAUUAUUUAAAUAAAAUAUUAAAAGUAGUAAAUAACUUA